AUGGAUGAUUUGGUGCAACGAAUAAAAACAAUGAAGAUUGAAUUUGAAAAAGAGCAAGAAGUGAGUCAUUCAAUUCAUUAUUCAAAUUUUAUAGCAUUUUUCAGUGGGGUAGAUAUGUAGAAGGUGAUAUUCUACACAAUGUUAUUGACGAAAAAUCUGCAAAUAAUAUUUUGAGUUAUGUUUCUGAUUCAGAAAAUGAAUUAUCACUUGAAGAAACUCUUCGAUAUUUUGAUAUUGUUAUGAAUGGAUUGUCUAAUCUUUGCUCUGAUAAGAUUUGUCAAUGUCAAGCAGAAUGGCUCAAAAAAGCUGAUUUAGUUGAAGAUAUUCUAUCAAAGGCUAGAAAAACUAUACUUGAUCGCUGGACAAAUCUUGUUUUCAAAAAAUGUGGUGGCGAAUUGAAUAAAAAUGAAGCUGUUCAUCAACUCGAAAAUUUCACAUUAUCAUUCUGGAGAGCAUCUUCAGAACGAAAAGGAAAGAUUAUAUUUUUCCCCAAUAUUCAUAUUGAAAUUGUGCCAUUUUUACAAUCAAUAAGAAUUUUUCAACAUUAUGAGAGGAAAACUGAUGAAUUGCAGAGUAUUCUACAGAAAUAUCCUAUAGAGUUUUUAUACGAGAAUGAAAUUCGGGAUGAUCAUGAAGGAGAUGAUGAAGAGGUUUUUGAAAAUAAUUUGAAAGAAGAAAUCAAGCAGAAAACUAUUCGGAAAAGAAAGAAAAGAAAUGAUAAAAAAGGUUUGACGUGAGUUGGGUAUGUUUCGAGUGUGAGAGAAGAAUGAGACAUUUUCAGAAACACAAUGGAGCUUGCUUUGAAAACUGGAUCAAAGAAAAAAACCAAAAAUAAUCAAAAAAGAGUGGUAAUAUUUACAAUUCAUAAAACACAAAAACAUUUUUUUACCAGUUCUCCUCCACAAAAACCGAUCAACAUAUCAAAUUGACACUUUAUUCGGAUGUUUCCCCACUCUGGAAAAAAUCAGCAACAAAACAACGACAAACUGAUGGAGAUGAACACAAAGUUGAUUUUAACACUGAAUCUCAUCUUGGUCCAGUAUAUCAUAUUUCAUCCUACGAAUCGGGGAAGAAUACACAAAAAUAUGGUUCUUGGAAUAUCACUUUAGGUUUGUUUAUUUUUCAGGAUACUUUUUGUGAGCACCAAUGUUUUUCUUAAAUUUUUUUGCAGAGCGACAUAUAGAAGAACGCAAAUUGAAUGGUGAAAGUAUUCAAAUUUCUCUAAAAGUUCCUGUAGAAGAAGUUUUUCUCGGAUCAAAUGAACCAGUUAUAGCUUUCCGUGAUGAAAAUUCUGAAGAUUGGAAGAAAGGAGUUUUUACAACUCAUACACAAUUUGAUCAAAGUAAGAUUUUCAAAUUCAAUAAGUCAAAACCAACAAAAGUUUUUAGAUACGUUCAUUGUUACAACUCGAUUAUCAAAAAUGGGAUAUGUUGCUUUAUUUCAACAUUCUGAUUUUCAUUAUCCUUAUAAAAAAUGGCAUAUCGAGUUUGGUGAAGAGACAAUCAGUGUUAAACUACAUACAAACAUAGUGGAAUUGAAUUUUUUGAUCGAGGGAAAUUAUUUUUAUCUUGACACAAUGGCUGGAGAUGAAUUCUCAAAAUUGCGAAAUCUUCAUCAGAAAAAGAUGUCAUUGGCAACGAUGAUGAUGAAAAUGGAGAAACACGGUGUGCAUAUUAUACCAAGUGAUCAAACUAUAGACAAACAUCGAGAUACGAAAAAAGAGCUUCCUUUGGAAAUUUAUGCAUAUCGAUUGAUUUGCCUUAACCAAAUUAAUUGCGAAUCUUGUCGUAUGAAUUGCACCGUUUCUUGUGAUACAAUUGUUUUGACGAUUGGAGGUUCUCCAAAAAAUAUAUCAACAAGGUCGCCUGGGAAUUUUAUCGCGAAUUUUGGAGAUGCAGGAAAAAAACGAAAUAUUCAUAAAAAUAUUUUGAGUGUUGCUUCACUUUUUCAAUUUCUUAUGGUUACUCGACCAAUAGUUGUGACAAAAUGA